GGACCGUGAAACAAGUUAAGGAAAAGUGGAGGAAUAUGGUUUGUUUAUUGUCUUUUCACCAAGUGAUAUUUGUAAUUUUUGUAGAUCUACUGAUCUGGAUUCAAACCCGAGAACUUGAGUUCUCUAAGAAGCACUCUACCACGUCGCCAUUUUAUAAAAUAUACAGUAGCGAUAGUAGGGGGUAUUUAUAUAAGUGCUAUAUUUUACCUCCACAGUACUACAUGUACAUAUUUAGUAUUAUUUACUGAGCUGUAGGGAUCAAGAAAGUUACUUCACCUCAGAGGAAUGUUAAAAUAUUUGGCAUUACAGUAUAGCAAGUGGUCAUCACAUAGAAAUAUUUCUUUUAUUGAUUACAUUCUUAGUUUUAACUUUUACAGACAAGUGAAAUAUUGCUAAAUUUUAGGUAAAGAUGGCGAAAACAGAUGUGUCAGCAGACAGGAACAGUAUGAGGAAGACUGGAGGAGGCCCGCCACGGCCGGAGAUGUCACAGACUUCUCAGACUGUGGCGAGCCUGUACGAGAGCUCAGCAUCUUUUCAUGGUGUGUGUUCAGAUGCUGACACACUCAUCAAUGUUUCUGGCUGCACAGAUGUCGAUCUAGGACAGCAGGUUGUAGACCAUCUAGAUCUGCUCAGAUGGGACCAGCAGGACACAGAGACCGAGACUAGCGAGAGUGCGGAUACAACUACCAGGAAUAUAUUCUCCGUAGCUGGUGAUUUAUUAAGUUUAACUCUAAUAAAUGUUGUCUUUUUUAUCCUAAAAUCUGUUUCAUUUUAAAUAAAAAUAACAAUAAGCAAAUUAAUCAAUAAAAAUGUAAAUUGACUCACUGUUAAUACAUUUGUACUAUCAAAGUUGUAAUUCCUACAAACUUCUUCUAAGUCCCCAGUAGCUGUAUCCAAUCCGCGACGAAUCAGUUAUAAACAAACAAGCUUUUCAAACAUCGAUGAAAUUCAGGCACCAAUCGCACCAUGCCCUUGAAACAAUGUGUGAAAUUAAACAAUUUCCAAACGCAUGAUUCAAAGAUAACCUGUAUUUUAGCAUCCUUUG